UGAGACAGGCAAAAACAAGAUUACGGAAAGAGUGGCGAGAGAGAGUGAGAAAGAGAGAGAGAGAGAGAGGGUGACGUGCGUGUAUCAACGAACUGGUGGACGGCAAAACCUGUACAAUUUAGCCAGACACCUUCACUGCUUUAUUGUAUUUUACAGUGUAUGUCUUAGGGGCAAAGAAGAACAUGUUUAAAGACCUGCAGAAAGGACGCUAUGAGUUUGUGAUAUUCAACAUUUGACAAAAGAAAACCUUCUUAACCUCCAGAGCUUCACCUUUCAGUGAUCAGAAAGCCUGCCUGUGACUCAGCUCUUCCCAGAAUUAGGCAACUCAACAACAACACUACUAGGCAGAGGUGUGCCGAAAAACUGCCUCUCCAACAGUUUUGUGCUUCAUGACAGUGAUGGAUGUGGCAUGAAAGCAAGGAAGUACCAAGUUUUUAACUGAAGAAGGAAUUGAUAUAAUAUUUCUGGCUUUUUGAAACAAGCGAUUGUUUUUAAGAGACUGCCACAGGUAGAAAUCAAAUACAUCGGACCUGCAGAAAUCCCUCAAGUGCUAAAACUCAGGAAUAUGAAGUAAGUGAAAAUACAAUUUUGGGAAAAAACAAGCAGUCACUGCCAGAUUUUUUUUUAUUUUAUCAGCAACCGAAAAGUUUUUUAAACCGUGUUUGCUGUUUCAACCCAAGUUUAAUUAGCUCCGUUAAUUGUAAGCACACAAUCUCACCUGUCAGGUCAUGGCAGAUUCUUGCCCAGACACCGUUGAUGGUGAGAUUAAAGGCAGUUCUAAGGGACAGCAAUUAAAUACAUCCAAAAAUGACCCGGGUAGACCGCAGGAUAAGGAAAUCAGCCAAAAAGAGGGUGUUACCACCACUGAGCAAUCCUCUGGGAGUAUUUCUCAGCUUAUGAAAGAUGACCUCACACCAUGCAAAGAUCCUCCUACAACCACAGCUUCUCUUGAAGAUGAUGCUAAUGCAGCUCAGCCGGCCUCUGUGACCAGUAAAAGCCAAGACAAAACCGAUGAAUCCGAGAUCAUCAAUAGCCAAUCCUGCACACCCAGCCAGUCAGAGGUGACACCCACUUUCUCAAUGGCAAGUCUGGAAUUCUCCGAGGAGAAUAAUGGGAUACCUCCUGAUGGACUUUUGAUUUCACCCAAAUCCGCUCAGGAUGGAAACCAAGUCCCCUCUCAGGGGAACGAAGGGGUUUGUGCGGGUGCUGCAAGGGCAUUAGAGCCUAGUAUGCCAGCAUAUUAUUUUGUCAAGUGGAUUACCUGGAAAGAGAAGAAGACGGCCAUCAUCACACAGAGUGAGAAUGGACCCUGCCCCCUGAUUGCCAUCAUGAACAUCCUGUUGUUGCGAUGGAAGGUGAAGUUGCCGGCUCAGAUGGAAGUGGUCACCAUAGAAGAGCUGAUGGCUCACCUUGGUGAAUGUGUGCUGUCCAUCAAACCGCGAGAGAAAGCAGAGGGCAUGGAGCUCAAUUUCCAGCAGAACAUGAGCGACGCGAUGGCUGUGCUGCCAAAGUUGUCCACAGGCCUCGAUGUUAAUGUGCGUUUUACAGGUGUGUCUGACUUUGAGUACACGCCUGAGUGCAUCGUCUUUGAUCUGCUUGACAUUCCGCUCUACCACGGCUGGCUUGUUGACCCGCAGAGCCCUGAGGUGGUGUCUGCAGUGGGCAAACUCAGCUACAACCAACUGGUGGAGAAGAUCAUAGAGUUCAAGCACUCGACAGAUAGCAGUCAAGUCAGUGAAGGUUUGAUAGCAGAGCAGUUUUUGGAGUCUACAGCAACCCAGCUGUCGUAUCACGGCCUGUGUGAGCUCAACACCACAGCCAAGGAAGGCGAGCUGUCUGUAUUCUUCAGGAACAACCACUUCAGCACUAUGAUAAAGCACAAGGGUCACCUUUACCUGCUGGUCACAGAUCAGGGUUUCCUGCAGGAGGAGAGUGUUGUGUGGGAGAGUCUCCAUAAUGUGGAGGGGGAUGGGAAUUUCUGUGACUCAGACUUCAGAUUGUGUCACCCAUCCCAGAAACCCCAAGCAGCCAGCCAGCCUUCGGCACAACAGCAGCAAAUGCAGAUCGACCAGGAUUAUCUGGUGGCGAUGUCCCUGCAGCAGGAGCAGGGUGAAGCUCCGGGACCCUUGAGUGAUCUUGAGCUGGCCAGACAACUGCAGCAGGAGGAGUAUCAGCAGCCACAAACACAACAGCACCAACCCUCAGCAGGACAGAUGAGAGGUCAAGCCGCAUCACCCCACGGAGGACAGAGGCGUCGGGAAAAGAAGGAAGACUCUGAUUGUUGUAUUCUUUAAGUCCGAGUCCACUCACCACCAUAACCAGACUCUUUAAAGCCAGUUGAGCUUCAAUUAACAUGUUCUUCUGUACUACUACUGAAACAAGGGGCUUCACUCUUAGCUGACCUGUCGUCCCAAUGCCAAGCCUGCCUUUACAGUACAGUUGUCCCCCCUGUUUUUGCCUUUCCUUUAUCCUCAUGGUUGAAACUGUUGCUCAUCAUUGUCUACAGGACCAAAUAAAGGUAGCAAUUGUUUCUAAGCACUAAUGAGCAUUUGUUUGAGUGCUAGUAUGGAGCUCCUAACUAUGCCCUUGAAGACUGUAUUGGUAAAUAAUCAGGUAUUGUAAUAAGAAUUUAAUAUUACACUGAAAUGCUACUGACUCAAUUUGAUCUGUACAUAGUUACUUGUCAUCAGCUUUUCAUCCAAAGUGAUGUACAGUACAUUAAGUACACAGUGCUUUGAUUCGCUCAGCACACCGUGGAGCUCCAAGUAUUCUGUAAGCUGAGCUAAUAAAAGCCACUUCUGUGUUAACAGGAAA